AUGAUGAAGAUGAAUCCCAAAACCAUAGUUACUAAUUUCCUCAUCAUAUUCCUGCUGCAAAUCUCCAACUUCUCCAUCGUUGUCUUCUCUUUACAAGCGAGAGUAAGGAAAGGUUAUACAACGGAGUAUAGCAUACGACCAAGCACUGUCACAAAUAUCGUCUUCUCUAACGAACUAUAUGGUCUCAAGAAAGGAAACGCUGGUUUUGUAUGCGCUCACGGUCCCAAGGCUUGGAAAAAGAGCAAACCGGGAGACCGGUACGUUGUGCUUCAGUUCGAGCACAGCGCGUGGUUCCUUCUGAUGCACGUCACCGUGGUUUCCCACGCCGGGAGAUCACAUUUCGUCACAACGGAGCUAGAGAUACGUAAUGAAAUGAAAGGCUUGAAACGUCCAGAAAUCGUUUACCACUGUCAAGCUAUAAACAGUGGCCUUGACUACGGAUGGCGACGAGCCAAAAGCCCACCAUUGGGCCAUACCUUCAAUGUACUCUUGGAAGGUGGCCAAAAACUAGAGGAGGAGAUUCACCGAUGCCAUUUCCGGUCCGUUCUCGGUACAGCGAAUGUCGAUAUCCGUAUGACAGCGAUCGAUGCCGAGAUUUGUAAUUAUCACAACGAAUGUGCCGUUCAUGUUGUCACACCGGAAGGGAUAAUGUUUGAUGGUAAAGAGUGGGAUUUUGAAGAGAGGUAUCCGAGGCUGAUACCGAGGAAAUAUCUCGAAGCUAAGUGGAAACCGUGGCCACGACGAGGUAGCCAACGUCGCUCAGGGGGUUUACAAUGAUUUAGGAACUCGGUUGAAGUUGGAGACGUGUCUUUCACGCUAUUGAUGAGGAACGAAAUGUACGGCUUAAAACGUCCAUUGGUUGCCUACCGAUGCACGUCGUCUGAGAAAUCUCUCCGGUGGCAUGAAUCGUUUCCCAGAUCGGAAUUUGCAUGGGAUUUCGAUGUCCCGCCGUUUGGAACCGGCGUGGUGAUUCACCGGUGCCAGUUCCUGUCGAGCCAAGGGACAGCUGAUGUCGAAAUCAAGACGUUGUCGAUGACAUCUGUGUUGUGCGGAGGGCAUUUGUGUAAAUACGUCAUUAGGCCGGACGGUAUAUAUUUCGUUGGUUUUGAGACCUAUUAUCCUCACAGCUUUUUGUUAAGAUUUCUGGAGUUGGUAAGGCCUGUUGACAAGCUUGUCGAGCCAUGGAAGGCAUGGUCUCCGCGGCAGCUAAAGGCUUUACGUGCGGAUCGCAACCGUACCAGGUCAGGCGAUGACAGAGACUAUGAUGAUGACGACAAGGAAGACGACGAUUAG